AUGGGACUCCCUGAUCCCACCACCGACCUUGACUGGUCCGGCUACAUUGGCGCCAUCCACGAAAUCUUUGCCGCCAAUGCUCUCAAGAACCCGGAUGCUCCUUGCGUCACCGAAACAGCAUCUUCCACAACCCCCGAGCGAAGAUUCACAUAUCGCCAGAUUUACGAGGCCUCCAAUGUCUUGGCCAAUCAGCUCAGCGAAGCUGGCAUCACAAAUGGCGAUGUCGUCAUGAUCUUCGCCUACCGCUCGGUAGAGCUCAUUAUUGCCUUCAUGGGAACAUUGGCCGCGGGCGCAACAAUUACCGUCCUGGAUCCUGCUUACCCUCCUGCUAGACAACAAAUUUAUCUUGAGGUGUCCCAGCCCAAGGCCCUCAUCACAAUUGGCAGAGCCAGAGAUGAAAACGGCACGUUUGCCCCUCGUGUCCAGAAGUACAUUGAUGAGGAGCUCUCUCUCAAGAUUAGAGUACCUGAGCUCCGCAUGAGCGACGCUGGUCAAGUUACCGGCGGAGAAGUAGACGGCAAGGAAGUUUUCACCAACACAGAAGCUAAGAGGUCGUCACCGCCCAAUGUCCUCGUUGGCCCCGACUCUACUAGUGUGCUGAGCUUCACUAGCGGCACCACAUCCACCCCCAAGGGCGUUUUGAGCAGACACUACAGCUUGGCCAAGUACUUCCCGUGGAUGGCCAGAACCUUCAACUGGACCUCCGAGACUAAGUUUGCGUGCCUCAGUGGCAUCAGUCAUGACCCGAUCCAGCGCGAUAUCUUCAGCCCCCUCUUCAUGGGCAGCGAGCUCAUCAUCCCCGCCCGCGAAAACAUUGCCCACGAACGAUUAGCAGAGUGGUUCCGCGACUACAAGCCCAAUGCCGUGCACUUGACCCCUGCCAUGGGUCAAAUCCUGUGCGGUGGUGCCAAGGCAGAGUUCCCCUCGCUCAAGUGGGUGCUCUAUGUUGGCGACAUUCUCACCAAGAAGGAUUGCGCCGGACUACGUAAGCUCGCGCCCAACGCCGACAUUUGCGCUGCCUACGGUACCACCGAGACCAACCGCAGUGUGUCCUACUACCACAUCAGAAGCCACUCCGAGGACCCGAAUGCCCUCGACAAGUUUGGCGACAUUGUCCCCGCCGGUCGCGGUAUUGAGAAUGUGCAGCUUCUUGUCGUCAACCGCGAGGAUCCCACCAAGCUGUGCGGUGUUGGCGAAGUCGGCGAGAUUUACCUGAGAGCCGCUGUUUACGGUUAUCUGAAUGAUGCUGAAAAGACAAACGAAAAGUUCAUCAACAACUGGUUCGUCGACAACCAGAAGUGGGUGGAUGCCGAUAACGCGGUUGCUGAUCUCGCCAAGCAGCCCUGGAGAAAGUACUACAAGGGCCCCCGCGACAGAAUCUACAGAAGUGGUGAUCUCGGUCACUACUUGGACGACUCUGGUAACACUGCCAUCACCGGCAGAGCCGACGACCAGGUCAAGGUUCGCGGAUUCCGCAUCGAGCUCAAUGAGAUUGACAGCAACUUGAGAGGCCACCAGCUGGUCCGCGAGUGCAAGACGCUUCUCCGAAGAGAUCGUAACGAAGAACCUACCCUCGUCAGCUAUGUCGUCCCCGAGGAUCAGGAAUGGACCAAGUGGCUCGCAGAACGCGGCCUCGACAACACCGAGGAGCAGGGAACCGAGAUUGGCCCUGUCCUCGUCUACACCAAGCGCUACCGACCCAUGCAGGCAGAGGUUCGCGAUCACCUCAAGUCUCGUCUACCGAUCCAGGCUGUGCCUACAUACUUCAUCUUCCUCAAGAAGAUGCCCCUCAACCCUAACGGCAAGAUUGACAGCCCUGCCCUGCCUUUCCCUGAUGCUGCCCUGAUUGAAGAAGAGGCUACCGAGGAUGAUCUCAAAAGAUGGGAAGGCCUGAGCAGCACAGAGAAGGAGGUUGCUGAGCAGUGGGCGACUCUCAUUAACGGUCUCAACGCCAAGACACUACACCCCGAGUCCGACUUCUUCGAGAGCGGUGGUCACAGUCUGCUUGCCCAGCAGCUUCUGCUCAACCUGCGCAAGCAGAUGGGUGCCAACGUCACCAUCAGCUCGCUCUACUCUAACUCCACCCUCGGCUCACUCAGCACACAAAUCGACCGUCUGCGCGAAGGCAAGGAAGAAUCCGUAGCUCCUGAGGACAGCGGUGCCGCAUACGCCGAGUCGCUAGACAAGCUCCUCGAGACCCUCGAUGCCAAGUACCAGACUGCCGACCCUGCUGCUCUCUCGCCUGCCACCAAGACAACCGUCUUUGUCACCGGUGCUACUGGUUUCCUUGGUUCUUACAUUGUCAAGGACCUGCUUCAGCGUGAAAACAUCCACGUCGUUGCCCACGUCCGCGGCACCAAGGGUGUCCCUGCUGCGCUUGAGCGUCUGCAGAAGUCGCUCCGCGGAUACAGCGUGUGGCAGGAUGCCUGGGCCAGCCGCCUAAGUGCCGUCAUUGGUGAUCUCGCACAACCACACCUCGGCAUCGACGACGCAACAUGGAAGACACUAACAGAAACCGUGGAUGUCGUCAUCCACAACGGCGCCCUUGUCCACUGGGUCAAGCAGUACAAGCAUCUCGAGCGCGCCAACGUUCACUCUACCAUUGAAGCCCUCAGCCUCUGCAACCAGGGCAAGCCCAAGCUGUUCUCAUUUAUCAGCUCCACCAGUGUCCUCGACACAGACCACUACAUUGACCUGUCGCACCAGCAGACCAGCACCGGCCAAGGAGCCGUCAUGGAGGCCGACGACAUGGAGGGCAGCCGUGUCGGUCUCGGCACGGGUUACGGCCAGUCCAAGUGGGUGAGCGAGCAACUUGUCCGCGAAGCCGGCCGCCGCGGCCUUCUCGGCUCCGUCGUCCGUCCCGGCUACAUUCUCGGCGACGCCGCCACGGGCGUCGUCAACAACGACGACUUCCUGAUCCGCAUGCUCAAGGGCUGCAUCCAGCUCUCCAGCCGCCCUCACAUCAUCAACACCAUCAACGCCGUGCCCGUCGGCCACGUCUCGACCGUCGCUGUCGCCGCAUCCUUGAACCCGGUCCCCGCCAGCACCUCCGGCGUCGACAAGGGCGUCCACGUCGUCCAUGUCACGGCCCACCCGCGCCUCCGCAUGAACGAGUACCUUUCUAUUCUCAGCUAUUACGGCUACGACGUGCCCGAGGUCGACUACGACAGCUGGAAGGGCCAGCUCGAGACCUUUGUCUCGGCUGGUUCCGUGCAAAAGGACGAGGAGCAGAGCGCCCUCAUGCCCCUCUUCCACAUGGCCACUAACAACUUGCCCACGACGACGCGCGCGCCUGAGCUCGACGACCGCAACGCCGUCGCGGUGCUCAAGGCCGAUGCGGACCGCUGGACCGGCGUCGACGAGAGCGCCGGCGAGGGUAUCAGCAGAGAGACGGUUGGCCGCUUCCUGCGCUUCCUUGCCGAGACGGGCUUCUUGGCUUGGCCUACGAUCCGCGGCAGAGAGCUGCCUGCUAUUACGGAGGGUGUUGUUGAGAACCAGGCCAAGUGGGGUGUUGGUGGCCGUGGUGGUGUAGCAUAA